GAGAGAGAGAGAGACCAGGGAGCACGCGUGCUCAUGGCUUAGCGUCGUCCGUUCCAAACACACAUACGGUAUUGUGUUUUUUUAGCAGCGGAGGACGCGUUGGAUUGGAUCCAGCUUUAACUGCUGCUGCUUGUCAGUUCAGCUGCGGGGUGAAACCGUUGGAUGGGUUUACUGUUGUUGUUUUCAACUCGACAAGUAUUUUCUGGUUUUUUAAAAUAUAUUUAUAAAGCCUAAUUUAAUGGAUACGGUAUGGAGAUAGCCUUGGCGAGUUUUGAGAACGGCGGAGCGAAAGGAAGCGGUGGAAAUACCGGAGAUGUAGCCCGCCGUAACGCUCUGGAUCCACAUCAACCUCCGCCGUUUGUCCAGAGUGGACUCAGCGAACCGGGCUACAGCCUUCACAAAGACAUUAAUACAAUCGGGAGUCCCAAACCGAGGACGUGGAAAAUCAACGAUAUGAAUAACACUUUGAGUUGUAACGAGAACGCCGUGGAUGCGCUCUGGCGCGCAGACCACAGUCCCCAUCUGUUGGACGAUGACAUGUUGGAUAUUGAGCGCAGAGACGUGGAUAACAACGAGAGGGUGCUGAUCAACAUCGCAGGGUUAAAGUACGAGACGCAGCUAGGGACCCUUAACCAGUUCCCCGAUACAUUACUGGGAGACCCUUAUAAAAGGAUAAAAUACUUCGACCCGCUCCGGAACGAGUACUUUUUCGACCGUAACCGACCGAGUUUCGACGGGAUCCUAUAUUUCUAUCAGUCGGGAGGUAAGAUCAGACGACCCGUCAAUGUAUCUAUCGACGUGUUCGCUGAUGAGAUCCGUUUUUACCGGCUGGGUGAAGAGGCCAUGGAAAGGUUUAGAGAAGACGAAGGAUUUAUAAAAGAGGAAGAGAAACCGUUACCACAGAAUGAGUUUCAGAAACAAGUCUGGCUCAUAUUCGAAUACCCGGAGAGUUCAAGCCCAGCGAGAGGCAUCGCUAUCGUCUCCGUGUUAGUUAUCACCAUAUCCAUUAUAACGUUUUGCAUGGAGACACUACCGGAGUUCAGGGACGAGAGGGAGUUACCGGUCACGGGUCGACCCGGUAACAACACCGUCCCCCGUCCGUCGCUCACCUUCACGGACCCUUUCUUCAUCGUGGAAACCACCUGCGUAAUCUGGUUUACGUUUGAAUUCAUCGUCCGUUUCUUCGCCUGUCCUAGUAAGUCAGAGUUUUCCAAGACUGUUAUGAACAUCAUAGAUAUAAUGUCUAUCCUGCCUUAUUUUAUCACGGUGGGGACGGAGCUGGCCGAGCAGCAGGUAGAAGAACCUCAGGAACACGGAAACGGACAGACCAUGUCUCUGGCCAUCCUCAGGGUCAUUCGACUGGUCCGGGUGUUUAGGAUCUUCAAGUUGUCCAGACACUCCAAGGGGCUUCAGAUAUUAGGACAAACACUCAAAGCAAGUAUGAGAGAAUUGGGUCUACUCAUUUUCUUCCUCUUCAUCGGAGUCAUCCUCUUCUCCAGCGCUGUGUUCUUCGCCGAGGCGGACGAACCCGAAUCGCAUUUCUCCAGCAUCCCCGACGCGUUCUGGUGGGCCGUGGUCACCAUGACGACGGUGGGUUACGGGGACAUGAGGCCGGUGACGGUGGGGGGGAAAAUCGUGGGUUCGCUCUGCGCCAUAGCGGGAGUGUUGACCAUCGCGUUGCCGGUGCCCGUCAUCGUGUCCAACUUUAACUAUUUCUAUCACCGGGAGACGGACCAGGACCAGUCGUCUCUGAAAGACGACCCGCCCGAGAACAGUCAAGACAGUCCUCAGUUAAAGAGAAAGGAUAGUAAAGGGUCUGCCAAGUCGGGAGACGAGGAGGACAGGACAGGAGCGGAGAAACAGAACAUCAAGGCUAACAGCAGCAUGAACAUUAAACGAUCCCUUUACGCCUUCUGCCUGAACAAGAUGGAGACAGACCUGUAGUCCCCACAGACAGACAGACAGACAGACCAGUAGUCCACACAGACAGUAUGAAUCCUCUUUCUAUUACAGUGAUUAAUUGAAUAGAGGAGCAGUGUGUUUUGCUAUGACGGCACGAUGAUUUCCAAGCCUCUAUCUAGUCAGUGUCAGUGAGUUGAUGUAUAAAAAUCCCUCGUGGUACUAAUGGAUUUGAAGCCUAAACGAAAGCAGAGUGAUUUGAGUCCCAAAUGACACCCUAUUCCCUACACGGUGCACUACUUCUCGGCCCAAUGGGCCCUGGUCUAAAGUAGUGUACUACAUAGGGGAUACGGUGCAUGGGUCCUGGUCUAA